GAGAAGAUGUUUGCACGAUCUCGUGAAGCUGGCCGUUGUUGUAUUCUCUAGUUGGUUUUGAGCUUCAUCUUCCGAGCUCACCAACUUCCUGCUCCAAUUUUUCCUAUUGCUGGUUGUGGACUGGAUUCUCAAAGUUCACCUUUCUACAAAAAAAAGUUUUCUUCUCGAAGAAGAUAUUCAGUUGGUCCCGUAUUUUUGGACGUGAUCUUCUGUAUAAACAGUGUUGGAAUACGCAACCCAUGCGACUCCAUUGGUUGAGCCAUACGUCGAGCACGUGUGCUCUGUCAAGCGUUGGAAGUAGCUUCACAAUGAGGCUGUCCUAUCACAUUCAAGUUCCUCUCCAAACAAUGGUUCCAACAAUUUUGUCAGUCUCGUCCCCUAAGAAAGUAACAAAGCCUCCAGGCCGAUUCUCCACUAGAUCGGGCACACCAACUAGCUGGAUUUUAGUUUUGACACUAUUUGGAAUUUUUAGCAUGAUAAAAGUUGUACGUGUUUGGCACCCAGAUGAUCUGCGUAACGAUAAUUCAUUCACCAUUCUUCCCACUACACGCCUCGGAACAUACAGGUCAGUCAUCGAGGAGGUUGUAAAGCCCUUUGGAACAAGUCGUUUAGGAUCGAAUUUGACCUUAUCCAGUAAGCUUUUCUGGAGGGAGUCAGAUGGAGUUAAUUUUCAUCCGUGUAUAGAAUUCAGCAGCACCUACACUACCAUGUCUCCAUCUCUCACAAGUACAAAAAGCAAGUACUUGAUUGUGGUGGUGAAUGGAGGCUUAAACCAGCAACGCAAUCAGAUAGUUGACUCCGUCAUUAUUGCCAGAAUUCUGGGGGCAGCAUUGGUGGUUCCAAUUUUACAAGUCAAUCAAAUUUGGGAGGAUAAGAGUGAAUUCUCUGAUAUCUUCGAUGUAGCACACUUCAAGCGGACGUUGAAGGAUGAUGUUCGUAUUGUCACGAAUCUUCCAUCGACUCUGAUUAUGUCUAAGCCCAUAGAAAUCAGAGACACUCCUUUUGAUUCCAAUCCAGAGUGGUUUCGUUCUCAUUAUGCUUCCAAGUUUCACAAAGGGAGUGUUCUGUUGCUGAGAAGUUUGGACUCCAGGUUGGCUAAAGAUCUUCCUGGUGAUCUUCAAAGACUCCGAUGCAAGGUCGCAUUCCAUGCGCUUAGAUUCUCAGCCCCAAUUCAAGCUUUGGGCGAAAGACUUGCAGAGAGAAUAGCCAAGCAUGGUCCUUAUGUUGCUCUCCACUUGAGACUGGAAAGGGAUGUUUGGGUUCGAACAGGUUGUUCAUCGGGGCUCGGUCCAUCUUUUGAGGAAGAAAUCGAGAAGGAAAGGAUCCAAAAACCUCAAUUUCUUACUACCCGUAACAACAUGACCUCUACAGAACGGCGAAAGGCUGGUCAGUGCCCGUUGAACGCAGAGGAAGUGGGCAGACUUCUCAGAGCUCUUGGAGCUACAGACCGGACGAUCAUCUUUUGGGCCGGAGGAGAACCAUUCGGUGGAGCAGAAGCACUCAAACCAUUGGUUAAUAAGUUUCCACUUCUAUACAAUAAGAAUGAUAUUGCGUUACCAGGAGAGUUGAAAGAAUUCGAGACAAGAAAAUCUAUGCUUGCUGCGAUUGACUAUCUAGUCUGCCUGAAGAGCGAUUUGUUUAUACCAUCUCACGGAGGUAACAUGGGCCGCGCUGUCAAGGGAAGCAGGAUCUACGCUGGUUGGGGAAAAAAUAUAACGCCUAACAAGCGUCUCAUGCUUAGAGUGCUUGAUAACACAACUAUCUCUAAAGAAGAAGCGGACCAGAGCAUUGCAGACUUGCACACUGAUCCCACACAUCAGUUUGAAGAGUCCACGGGUAAGAAGGUUGUGGAUGUUUUGUCCAAUCCCAUACCGGACUGCAUGUGUCAAGUAAAGUCCACAAAAGAAUGAUCAUUAUUUCACUUGAAACGUCUGAGGUGCAACCUUAACCCAAUUUUGUAGUUCGUAAGAUUCCCGCCUAUUAUCGAUCCUGUCAAUACAACCUACGUGUACGAAUGAAGACACGACGGAACAAGGUUUGCUCUGUACCUACCAAAGAAACUUUGUCCGCUUCAGAACCAAGACAUUGUCAUAGAUUUAGAGUUCGAACACAACAAUUAUCUCAAUAUCCAGCUUAGCAGCAAAUGAAGACCGAAAACGUUGAUGUUUACCAAUGUCGAAAGAAAUACUGCUAUACCACAGAGAGGAAGCAGGGAGUCAUGAUCUUAGGAUAAGAGCUAGGAACCGAGGAUUCAUGAGGUGAGGAGAAGACGGACGGGUGACGAGAUUGGAAGCGUGUUGAGUAUUUGAUAGAUGUACAACAUAGGUAGUCAUUCACCUUCCAACGCCGAAUUUCUACUCAUCAAUAUUUUUGUUACUAUAUUAUCCAUAUGUUUUCUCUCCUGUGGAACAACCUUCAGAUAGUGCAUCCCAUACAUCUUCAAAUUGACCUACGAAUUCGCUACAAAUAUUGGAAUCAGCACAGAAUGCAAGUUAUCGAUAAUAUACGAGUGAUUGUGAUUGGA